AUGGUCGUGAGGCUCUUCGUUCAGCCCGGCGAGAAUAAAUUAUGGAUUACCCCCAAACGUCCCGAGCCCCUCGCCGCUAAUGCCACCAUCACAAACUCCGUCGUCGCUUCCACCGUCCUCGCCGCCGGAUACACGAGCUAUGCCUCAGGCUACGCACGGCGAGUCGGGAUACCGAAUACGCUACCCGUCCCCGCGCUGUUCAUCAGGGCCUCCGCAAAGGCAGGGAUCUGGUGUGCGGCGAUAGGAGCGGCGGUCAACUUUUACCACCACCACGAAUUCACCAAGCCCAUUGGCGCUGUACUGAAUGUCCCCGUGGAAUGGAAGCUCUGGGAGAGGACGGAGAAGUAUACCGUCGAUGACGGGUUUCUGGCCGGCGCGGGGAUGGGCCUGGGAAUCGGCCUCGUCUCGUCGUUAUUCUUGAAAAGGAGUCCGCUCCGUUGGUGGACUCGCUGCAUGGGCAUGGCCAAUAUGGGGGCUUUUGUAGGGAUCGCGGGAUCGAAUGCAUACUUUCAGUAUACGGGCGAGAGACAGAAGGCUGUGGCGGUCAUGCAGCAAUGGCGGCGACGACGGAGUCUGGAGUUCCACCACAUCUACUGGGAUAAGUUGCUUCUGACGCGGCUGUCCGUGCCGGUGCAGGCAUACGUCGUCCUCAAUGGGAUUUUCCGCGCCGCGAGUUUGCCGGAGGAGGCGGUGGAUACGCCGGAGAAAUACGGACUGGUUGUUUACCUUUCCCCUCCCACAGACAGCACUACUGCAUCGGCGCCUGAGUCGGAAACCCCAACAGAAGCACAGACAGCGCCGCAACAGGUCAAGCCAUACUACCUCCCCGUCACAGACUACGCCGACUCCCUCCGCGCGAUUGACGUCCCUGCCAUGUCACAAGAACUCGCCAACCUCGAGGAGUCGCGCACAUCCCUCAAGGCCGAAUUGAAUCUCCUAGCCCACCAACUCGCUCGCGAUCGACGAGACCUAGCCUUCAACGAGUUCCCGGACAAGGAUGAACGCCAACUCCGCUCCGCCGAGGCGCAUCUCCGGCUCAUGAUCUUCGCGCGCCUCAUGAGCGCGCUCGAGGACGUCAAUCGCCGCCUCUACUACACGAGUGUGUAUCUGCAGCACCGAGAGGCGUUGGAUUCCAAGAAGCAGGAUGUGCAGGCCUGGGUGCCGGAGUAUCACGCGCGGCAGAGCGUCGGGAGGGUAGAGCCGAAGAGGGCGCUGGCGCAGGCCAAUCAGCUGCGCGAGCAACUUGUCGGCGAGAUCAGGAUGUUUGAGGAGCAGGUGAGGGGCAACGCGGGGAGUGCCGAGGUGAGGGAGAUGACGAAGAGGAAUCUGGACGAGGGGCGCAUGUUGCUUCGGGCGGCGGAUCGGAUUGCGUGGAGGUUGGAGGAGGAGCGGGCGAGUGGCAUUGAGAUGAAGGGAAAGGCGAAGGCGAAGGCAAAAGGUGUGGUGGCGGAGCAACCGGUUCUGGGGAAGGAGAGGAGGGAGGGGCAAGAAGUUAAGGGUACGGAAAGGAAUGGACCGGAAGAGAAGGGGAGUAAUGGGAAUGAGGCCAAGGAGGUACCGGUAGUGACGGAAGAGGUGUCGGCGACGGGCAACACGGCGAAGGAGGCGAAGGAGACGAAGCCCAAUACGAAGAACGUCCCACCGAAAGGGUUUGAGCCUGAGCAUUAG